AUGGACCUGGGAAGGCGCGGGAGCCGCUCGCCCGGCCCGGGACCCCGCGGGCUGCUCCUCCUCGCCUCAGAUGCGCUAGCCAGCGCCGUGGCAGAGCAAGAAGUGGAAAACCUCUCUGGCCUCUCUCCUAACCCCGAAAAAGCCAUCUUUGUGGUUCGUGAGAAUGGGUCCAUCUGUCUCAUGGCAGAAUUUGCUGCGAAGUUGAUUGUCCCCUAUGACGUGUCGGCCAGCAACUAUGUGGAUACGAUCCCAGAGCAAGCCUAUAUCCCGCUUUCUCGGGCAGCAGAAGAGCGAGGGAAAUGCGGCAACAAUGAAUCCGAGCUCCAGAUUUCGUGGAUAGAUAAAGCGUACACCCUCCGACUUUUCUUCGUCAAGGAGAGUCGCAACACAAGCGCCGGGCCGGAGGCAUGGUGGAAAAUGAGCAAAGUCCAGUUCGUUUACGACAGCUCGGAGCGCACCUACUUCAAGGAGGCCGUCAACCCUGGGAAGCACACAGUCAGCACACAUCACCUUUCAGCUCUAGUCACCCCAGCUGGGAAGUCCUAUGAAUGUCAAGCGCAGCAGGCCAUCAACUUGGCCUCCAGUGACCAUCAGAAAUCUGUCGUCCUCUUGCUGUCUGAGGUCCGCCUUCAGCCCUUUGACAUCAGCUCUGAUUACGUCUUCAGUGAAGGACAUAAAUGCCCAGUGGACCAGAGAGAGCAGUUGGAGGAGACCCUUCCUCUAGUUCUGGGCUUGAUCUUAGGACUGGUUAUCGUGAUAACCCUUGGUGUUUACCACAUCCACCUCAAAAUGACUGCAAAUCAAGUCCAAAUUCCACGGGACAGAUCUGAGUACAAGCAUAUGGGAUAG